UUCAUCCCUCCAAGUGCCCGUCAAAGGAGGAGUCACGAAACGCUGAGUUGAACUUAUUCCACCUUUAGUGGCUGUGAGACCCAUCGAUUCUGAUCAGGGGACCUAUCGUUCUCCUAAUUGAUCAGGAAAAUGGCAUCUCGAAGCUUCUUGAAGUCGGCAGCAUGGCGAAUCCUCACACCGACGGCUCGGGGCAUCCCAGCUCUUCCCACCCACGCAACGCCAGUGGCCCUUCGAUACAGCUCUAGCAGCAGCUCGACUUCCGCCAUGGCCUACAAAGCCAUCAGACGGCGCCAGGCCCCCCUUCCCAUCAGCGAUGCACCACCGUCUUGGUCAGCCCAGGCUGCCGUCUCGAACAUCCUCUACGAGACGCCCACACCGUCGACUGCCCCGCCCAAACGGCAUGUCCUCAAUUGCCUUGUCCAGAACGAGCCGGGAGUGCUCUCGCGCGUCUCGGGAAUUCUUGCAGCUCGGGGCUUCAACAUUGACUCCCUUGUCGUGUGCAGCACCGAGGUGGAGGAUCUCUCUCGGAUGACCAUCGUGCUCACUGGUCAGGAUGGCGUUGUCGAGCAAGCCCGGAGGCAAUUGGAAGAUCUGGUGCCUGUCUGGGCGGUUUUGGACUAUACCAACGCUGCCCUGGUCCAGCGGGAGCUUCUCCUGGCCAAAAUCAACAUCCUUGGGCCAGAGUACUUCGAGGAGCUCCUCACUCAUCACCGGGAGAUAACUGCUAUCGACCAAGAAUCCGAGGUUCAGAACGAAACUAGUGAGCUAAGCUUGGAUGAGCUUGCAAAGGACUUCCAUCCCAGCCGACUAGCUGCUAGCGAGGCGCUGAGGCACAAGCACGAGCAUCUGAAGAGCAUCACCUAUUUCGCCCACCAAUUCGGUGGCAAGGUACUAGAUAUCAGCACAAAUAGCUGCAUUGUUGAGAUAUCUGCCAAGCCAAACAGGAUCGACUCCUUCCUCAAGCUGAUCGCCCCCUUCGGAAUUCUGGAGUCAGCCCGCACUGGCCUAAUGGCUCUGCCACGAUCUCCUCUGUACGGACCUAACGAGGACGACGGACAUGUGAAGGAUGCAGAUGAGGUGGUUGAUGCUAGCCAGUUACCGCCUGGCUGAUGGGCUGGGUUUAUGUUCGGUUGCUGUUUGCCUGACUUGGUUUUUGGACUCCGUGUACAUACUGGCGGGUAAUUGGACUGAUUUAAGCAUUGCUUUUGUGCC